GUAGAACAUCAAACAGUGCUUAAUUAGAAAAUGCAUAAGACAUAUAAUAAUUUAACUUAAAGAUUUCAUUUGCCGAAAUACCGAACUAUAAACAACCACUCCUUUUUGCAUAAUGUUGAAUCAUACACAACUUCCAAUACGUGUACAGAUCCGGAAUCAAAUACAGCAAAAUAUCACCAUUAUGAUGACCUGUGACUCCACAACUCUACAGGAGCUACAGGAGCCAUGAAUUUUAAUGCAAUUAUGAUAUAUGGUAAUAAGGGUGGUUGCUAGACAAGUAAGCAGGAGCGAAGCUAUAGUAGUUUCUACUAGGAAAACUGGGCAAAAGAAGGUAUGUAGUGGGUCGUAAAUGGACACUUGUCACUGACGAAGUAGCCAGAGCAAUAGAGUAAGUAUCCCUUAGGCUAGCAAUCAAAGGUAUGUAGUGGGUUACAAAGGGACACACUUGUGCAGGGGUGCACAUUUUGGGUCAUAUGGGCAACAUUAAGCAUAAUAACAUUUACAAAUGUUAAUAAUCCUCGUGUUUAUCAAGUGGUACAUGCGGAAUACUUUAAUUAUCUUACAACCUUUUGUCACAAGAUACAGACAAUGUAACGGCGGACGUGUGGGUUUUAGUCACUUAUGAGUUACAUAAUUAUCUCCCCUUGUAAAAAACGCCAUUUGUAAUGGAAACGUUUUGCCAACGUUCUGGCACGUUUCUUUGUUGAAGAAUUUUGUGCGUUGCGUCGACUAUAAGGCCCAAAUAGAGGUAUAAUGUUUGUAAAUUAACUGUAUUAUUAUUGUUUUAUUGAUAUUGAAAGUGAUUGUACGUUUUGGCGUGAAUUUCUCUAUUUUCUAGUGAAAAAUCUAUUGCAACAUUUCGGAUACACUUUUCGGAUAGGAUUAUUUUUGAAUGUAUUUUUUGUUUGAUUUCAGUUCGACGGAUUAAAUUCCUGUAAAAGAAACUAUUUGGGUUUUGGUUAUUAUUCUUCUGGCGUGCGGUCAGCUUAUGUUGUCACAGUCGAACUCUAUGGAAAAUUGGAGCAACCACAGCUGAUGAGAAGAGUAUUGACCAGUUGACCCCAAGAUUCAGCUGCCAAGAUUCUUGAAGAAAAUUGCGUCAAGUUCAGGAAUUUUCCAAGAAAAGGAAAUUGUAAAUUCAGAGAUUGUGUGUGACUGGUUACAAUUAUAGAGAUUUCCUGGGUGCAUGAAUAAAUACUCGGCCAGUUUUAUAGCAGUUUAUGCUCAACUCGUGUACUUUGUUUAAACUUUAAAGGUGUUUACCCGAUUUGUGAGUUUGGAAUGCUCAGCCAUUUAUACAUGUACUUUGUAAAAAAAAUGUUUAAAGGUGUUUUGUCAGACUUAGUGAGCUUAGAAUGUUUGAUCAUUUUUAUAUGAAAUUCGUUUAAAUGUGUUUAACCAGACUUCAGGCUGAAUAUGCUAGGCAACUUAUCCAUGUAUGUAAUUUGCCUAAAGGUGGUGUACUAGACUUCAUAUACUUGGGAGGCUCAACCAUUUCUUAUAUGUGUGUAUUGUCUUUAAAGGUGGUGUAUUAGACUUCGUAGCUCGGGAAUGCUUGACCACCUAUAACUGUAUUAAAAUUUGACUGAACGCUGGUGCAACCAUCGGCGUUUAGUUUAAAGUGACCACUCUUUGCUGUCUAUUUUUUUGUUGGUUGAAUUAGCCAUUUGUUAAAAUGUCAGACCGGCCCGAGACAUCAUCUCAUGAUACCAUUGUCCCUCAAGAGCCCGAGACCGAUAAUGUCUCUCUACGAAGGAGUGAAAGAGAACAUAAACCCUCCGAACGGGGCUUACAAUAUGAAAUCGGUAUGCGCGAAAAGAAGUUCAAAUCUGCCGUAUCAGCGUGGCGUGCCAACAUUAGCAAAAUGUCAGUACUACUCUCUGAUAGCGAUAAUCUUGAUGAAAUCCGCAGUGGUAGAGAUAAUCUUGAACAGUCACUCAAUGAUACUAGGGUUGCCUUCAGUAGCCUAAAUCAGUUACUUGAGUCUGAUGACACCGGGAGUCAGGUAUGUACGGUCUUAGAAGACCUUGAAAUGGAACAUCAGCAGUUUAUGUGUAAAAUUGCCGAUAGGAUUUGCGAAAUAAGGUCCGAAAAUAACUCGGUGAAUACUCGUGUUUCGUCACGCAGUAGUCGGUCAAAAAGAACAAAAUAUUCAGCUGCUUCAAAACGCUCAGACGCGGCAGUCGAAGCUGCAAUAUUAAAAACAAAAUUAAGGUAUAUUGAUGCCGAAGCCAAAUCAAGGGCUGAAUUUGAAAGGGUCAUUACUCAAAAGGAAUUAGAAAUGGCUGAAGUCAAAUUAGGGAUAUAUAAUGAUGCAUGCUCAGAAAUAUCAGAUGCAAACGUGCUCAAGGUUAUACCUGAAUUGCUUGUCCCUACUUGCAGUAAAGAAGAAAUUGUUAGUAAUUAUAUAAACAGUUGUGACCCUCAAAUGGAUACUGUACAGGAAACUCCUAUUGUAAACCAGUCCUAUAUGACACACAAGGUUUCCAUUGCUACUGAAACAUUUGUCUCUGACUCUCAGGUCAGUGUGAAGUCUCCUCUUAUUCCUACUACUACAAACCUUUCUGUUGCUCCACAGACUUCAAAUGAAAACACUGUAAGUUCAGCUGAGCCAUUAGUGCACUUUCCACCUAGGACCAACUUAUCUUUGGCUGAUAACUCACCUUCACAAGAGAUUGUUAAUCUCACAAAAUCUUUGACUGAACAUCUUAUGAUUAACUGUCUCCCACCUCCAGAACCUGGCAUCUUUGAUGGUGACCCUCUGAAAUACCCGGGCUGGAAGUCAGCCUUUUCGACCUUAAUCGAACAAAAGCGUAUCCCUGCUUCAGAAAAGAUCCACUACCUAAGGAAAUACCUUGGAGGUCCAGUAAGGGAAGUAGUGGCAAAUUUCUUUUUACUUUCUUCAGAAGAAGCUUAUGAAGAGGCUAAGUCGGUAUUAGACCACCGUUAUGGUAACCCUUUCAGAGUGGCUUGUGCAUUCCGUGACAAACUCGAGUCUUGGCCUAAGAUCUCAUCCAGAGAUUCUCAGUCUUUGUUAAAACUUGCUGAUUUCCUCAAACAGUGCCUAACGGCAAUGCAGUCUAUUUCUAGCCUGUCUGUUUUGAAUGACUGUCAGGAAAACAGAAAGAUUCUUUCAAAAUUGCCAGAAUGGGUCGUUUCAAGGUGGAACAGGUCAGUCGCUGAUUAUAGGGAACGGCAUGACAGCUUUCCCCCCUUUCGUGUCUUUGUAGAAUUCAUGACAAAGGAAGCGAAGAUUGCUAGUGACCCUGUCACUUCGCUACAGUCGUUAAGAAGCCAAAAUCUAUUGGACAACCCUAAAGGUACCAAGUUUACAGGCCGAUCAGACAAGAAUCAGUUUGGUUCCCGUGCUUUCGCCUCAUUCUCUAGUGAUAGCUCUACUCAGACUUCCAACCCCAAGGUCAGUAGACCCAACUGCCCCCUGUGUAGUAAAUCACAUGCACUUGAUUUAUGUAAUCAGUUCUUAGCGAAAACCCUAAAUGACAGAAAGAGUUUUGCUCGUGAAAAGGAGUUAUGCUUUGGCUGUCUUGGUACUGGCCAUAUUUCAAAGUUCUGUAAAGGUCGCUUGAAAUGUAAGUUCUGUACGAAGUUGCACCCCUCAUCUUUGCAUGGAGAUAAAAAAGCCCCGUGUAACUUAGGCGAAAAUAGCGACAAAAAUCAAAUAGAUGGUGAGAGGACUCAUACAGGUGUAACAUUUCUAAGUGACAGUAGCGCACCUAAUAAGUGUUCUAUGGUAGUUCCGGUGUAUGUUUCACACAUUGAUAACCCAGGUGUGGAACGGUUGGUGUAUGCCUUGCUUGACACCCAGAGUGAUACUACAUUCAUACUUGAUGACACUUGUGACGAGUUAGGUUUGUCUGGUGUGGAGGUCAAUCUUUCUCUCUCUACGAUGUAUGCCGAGAAUAGACUGGUUAAGAGUUUGAAGGUGAAAGGGUUAAUGGUGCGUGCAUUUGACAACCCUAUAAAAAUUUCACUCCCAGAUGCCUUCACUAGGAGUAUUAUACCCGCAAAUCGCUCUCAUAUACCUACUCCCGACACAGCUCUUUCAUGGCCACAUCUACAGGGUGUUGCAGAAUAUUUGUCUCCCUUGUUACCGUGCGAAAUAGGGUUGCUUAUUGGUUAUAACUGCCCACAGGCUUUGGUACCUAGAGAAGUAAUUCCUCCAGUUGGAGAUGGACCAUAUGCCCAGAAAACUGACCUUGGUUGGGGCAUAGUCGGUAUUGUAGGCUCGUUUGCAGAUCAGGAUUGUAUUGGAUUUAGCCACAGAGUUGUUACUUGUGAGCUCCCUCAUUCAUUGAGAACGAGUGAAGAGUCACGCUCGAGUGUUCUGUUUUCACUUCGCACUUCGACUAAAGAAGUUGCACCCAUUGAUGUAAUUAAGCUGAUGGAGCAUGACUUUAAAGAUUCUGCCGAUCAUGGUAGUCCUGUAUCACAAGACGAUAGGCGGUUUCUUUCAGUUUUAGACAAACAUAUCUCUUUGAGAAAUGGUCACUAUGAAAUGCCCCUCCCCUUUCGAGAUCAGGAACUCUCUUUGCCUAACAACAAGUCUGUUGCCUUGCGUCUUUUAGGUUCUUUGAUAAAGCGCUUUGACAAAGACAAAAAAUUUCGGUCUCAUUACUCUGAUUUCAUGCAGCGCCUUAUUGAUAAUGAUCAUGCAGAAAAGAUUCCUAGCAGUGAAACAGAUGCUGACAGCGGUCGUGUAUGGUAUGUCCCACAUCAUGGGGUAUACCACCCCAAGAAACCCGAUAAAAUUCGCGUUGUCUUUGACUGUAGUGUUUCUUACCAAGGCCAUUGUCUUAAUUCAUACCUCCUUCAGGGUCCAGACUUAACCAACAAGCUUAUUGGUGUUUUAACUCGGUUCAGGAAGGAAAGGGUCGCCAUAAUGUGCGACAUCGAACAGAUGUUUAACCAGUUCCGUGUCAUCCCAGAACACAGAAACUUUCUAAGGUUUCUAUGGUGGAGUGGUGAGGACUACCAUAAACCCCCCGAAGAUUUUCGCAUGAAGGUACAUUUGUUCGGGGCAACAUCCCCCCCUGGCUGCGCCAACUUUGGCCUUAAACGACUGGCCUCUGAAAAUGAAGAAGAAUUUGGUAGUGAUGUCACUUCCUUUAUCCAUAGGGACCUCUAUGUCGAUGACGGGUUGAAAUCAUUUCCCACUGCGAAGGAAGCAGUAAGUUUGAUUGACAAGAGUAAAGAAUUGUGCAGUAAAGGCGGGCUAAGGUUGCAUAAGUUUGUGUCCAAUGACAAGGAUGUUAUUGCACAUUUUGACCCAUCAGAUAGGGCUAAGGAUUUGAAGGAUAUCAAUCUAUUGAGUGACAAAUUACCGAUAGAAAGAGCUCUUGGCAUUCAGUGGUGCACAGAGUCAGAUACCUUUCAGUUCAAAAUUGAGGCAAAUGAUCGACCACUAAACAGGCGUGGAAUCUUAUCUGCUGUAGGUUCAUUAUAUGACCCACUAGGCUUUAUCUCCCCUGUUGUUUUGAUUGCUAAACAAAUACUUCAGCAGCUUUGUUCAGACAAUCUGGGCUGGGACGACCCUCUACCAGACUAUCUAAGAGUGAAGUGGGAGAAAUGGCGGGCUAGUCUUGCGCAUUCAGAUACCUUAAGAAUAAAGAGGUGUUUGAAGCCUGAGGGGUUUGGUGAAGUGGUUUCAGCAGAGUUGCAUCACUUCUCCGAUGCAAGUUCCACAGGUUACGGUCAGUGCUCUUACAUACGGCUAGUAAAUGCAGAAGGGUCUGUGCACUGUUCAUUUCUCUUUGGCAAAUCCAGAGUGAUUCCAUUGAAGCCAAUAACUAUUCCACGUCUUGAGUUGUCUGCUGCUCUGUUGUCGAUAAGAGUUGGUCUACUUCUUGAUCAAGAGCUUGACCUUGAAUCUGUUAAGCAUUUCUACUGGACUGAUAGUCGAGUUGUCCUAGGUUAUAUUGCAAAUGAAUCGAAAAGAUUCCAUGUUUUCGUUGCCAACAGAAUUCAACAAAUUCGUGACCAUUCAGAAGUGUCUCAGUGGAAAUACGUGGAGUCUGCACAAAACCCGGCAGAUAUUGCAUCGCGUGGAGUCAAUCCUGAGGAGUUGACAAGCAAUUCUCUUUGGUUUGUUGGUCCAGAUUUUCUUUGGUCAGGUACUUUACCAAAUGCAGAAAUUGAAGCUGAAGUACAUGCAGCUGACCCAGAAGUAAAAUGUGUUAAAACCCUCGCAACAGGUGUUAAGGAAAUUCAGUAUCCUAGCAUGAUCGAUCGCUUGAGUUAUUUCUCAGAUUGGCAUCGUGCAAAAAGGGCUUUCGCGUUGUGUCUCAGGUUUCGAGACAAACUGUUUCAGAAAUAUGUUCAUACUAGGAAUACACACAAUGACGAGAGACAGAAACAACAUUUUCAAUCUCUAUCUUUUUCCCAUUAUCAGUCUCCUUCUGUUUCGGAGUUGCAGGCUGCAGAACUACAAAUACUCAAACUCUUACAAUCUAUGCACUUUCAGCAUGAAAUUGCUACCCUGAAAAGGAAUAGUGUUCGAGGUUCUAGUGAUAGGAAUACUCUUAAAAAUCACCGCAAGAUUCUUAAGCGAGAGUCUCACUUGCUACGGCUAGAUCCUUUCCUAGAUCAAGACGGUAUCAUUAGGGUUGGUGGUCGAAUCAGACAGCUUGAUGUCCCUAGCAAUGUUAAACACCCAAUCAUUGUGCCCAAAGGAGGUCACAUUACAGACCUAAUAAUAAGACAUUUUCAUCAAAGGGUAUACCACCAAGGGCGUGGCAUCACUAUUAAUGAGAUUCGAGAUCAUGGCCUUUGGAUAAUUGGUAUCAGUUCAGGUGUUUCCUCAGUAAUAUAUAAGUGUGUCACAUGUCGUAGGCUUAGAGGCAUGGUUCAAGAUCAGAAAAUGUCCGACCUCCCGACUGACCGUUUAGAACCUGCUCCCCCCUUUACCUACUGUGCAGUGGAUUAUUUUGGUCCAAUUUUGAUUAAAGAGGGGAGAAAGGAGUUGAAAAGGUAUGGGGUACUGUUUACAUGUCUCUUGUGUAGAGCAGUCCACGUUGAGACUGCAAAUACGUUAGAAACCGAUUCAUUCAUAAAUUGCCUUCGACGUUUCAUAUCAAUACGUGGACCUAUUAGGCAGUUACGCAGCGACCGAGGUACAAAUUUCGUGGGCGCUCAAAAUGAGUUUCACGAAGCUGCAUCAAAAUUAGAUUCGGAACGUAUUCAGGAAUAUUUAUUAAAGGAGAAUUGCGACCUAAUUGAUUUUAAGAUGAACGUACCUUCGGCAAGUCACAUGGGUGGCGUUUGGGAACGCCAGAUUAGGUCGGUUAGGAAUGUUCUCGAUUCGCUGUUGUUAGAGCACGGUUCAAAUUUAGAUGACGAGAGCUUAAGGACCUUCUUAUGCGAAGCUUCCGCUAUUGUUAAUAGUAGGCCACUCACUGUAGAGGGUUUGAAUGAUCCACUUUCACCCACACCUUUGACCCCUAAUCAUCUGUUAACGCAGAAAUCCAAGGUCAUCUUACCCCCACCUGCGAACUUUCAACGUGUUGACCUUUACUCAAGGAAACGUUGGCGGCGGGUACAGUAUUUAGUAGAUCAGUUCUGGGUUAGAUGGAAAAGUGAAUUUCUGCAGAAUCUGCAAACGUGGAAUAAGUGGCAUUUUCGUAAACGUAAUGUUCAAAUAGGAGAUAUAGUGUUACUGAAGGAUGAUAACCUUCCGCGAAAUCAGUGGCGUUUGGGUCGAGUCGUAGAAACAACAACAGAUACUGAUGGUCUUGUUCGAAAGGUUAAACUUGCUUUACCAUCUGUAGGCUCGGGGAAACAAACGAGUUUAGUGUACUAUGAGAGACCAAUUCACAAACUGAUCAUUUUGUUGGAGACCGAAGAAGUCCCCGUCGGGAAGCCAUAGAUUGUGUAGACACGAGGCUUUCUGAUAGUUUAUUCAGUGUAUGGACAAUUACAAGUGAAAAUCAGUAUUUUCCCUCUUUGGGUAACUGUACUGUAAGCAGACAACACUGUUAUGUUAUUUUGCAUCAUGUUUAUUUUGUAUUAUGUUUGGGACAUGUAAAAUUAGUAAUGUUAUUACUAAUUUGGGGAGCCAUGUAACGGCGGACGUGUGGGUUUUAGUCACUUAUGAGUUACAUAAUUAUCUCCCCUUGUAAAAAACGCCAUUUGUAAUGGAAACGUUUUGCCAACGUUCUGGCACGUUUCUUUGUUGAAGAAUUUUGUGCGUUGCGUCGACUAUAAGGCCCAAAUAGAGGUAUAAUGUUUGUAAAUUAACUGUAUUAUUAUUGUUUUAUUGAUAUUGAAAGUGAUUGUACGUUUUGGCGUGAAUUUCUCUAUUUUCUAGUGAAAAAUCUAUUGCAACAUUUCGGAUACACUUUUCGGAUAGGAUUAUUUUUGAAUGUAUUUUUUGUUUGAUUUCAGUUCGACGGAUUAAAUUCCUGUAAAAGAAACUAUUUGGGUUUUGGUUAUUAUUCUUCUGGCGUGCGGUCAGCUUAUGUUGUCACAGACAAUUAACCAUCGAUUUUAGACUGAUGCAAUACUGAUAGCAUCAAAGUCGCUCAAAACAACAUGUAAACCAGGAUCCAUUAUCACAAACGCACUUUAAGUCCUGUGAUGUUCGUAAAGUGUACGUAAGGUAUUCGUAGCGGAUUUCUCGAAAGCAUUGUUAUUUACGAUGCUUUGUGAAUGUCCUCGUAAGUUGAGGCUGAAGAACCCACCCCUUGACGUUCUCGUAGCGUAUAAAAACUUAUGUAUUUCUACCUAUCUGAAGCUGAAUCUGUUUGUCUCUCAUUGUGCCACGCUGAAACUGGCGGGAAUAUAUUCAUUGAAGUUGUCAUUCCGUCCGUUCGUGUCAACGAACCUGAAUUUAUUUCAUAUGGAUGGGUUUUAAUGUUUUUAGUUACUGUGUUGUUUUUAGAUAAAAAAGCGCCGAUUUUAAUACUCUUUAAAAUCCCUUAACACCUGUUCGUUUGCAUCCGGGCCAUACGUUCAACGGUUUGUCAGAAUUGCAAGGCAUUUGAAUCGUAAGGACUAUGCUUUUGCCCCUUCAUAAUAAACCUACAUGUUUAUACUUUUUGGUAAUUGGCACCGACGGUAUUUUGAUAUGAUAAUCAAUUAAAAAAUUACAAAUAAAUGUUGGCUUUUACCAUAGUUAUUGCUGUAUAUAUUUACUGGCGGAUGCUAUUCAUCAAAAGGUGUUGGAAAUAAAUGAAAACAUAACAGUCAAUUCUCUGAAAAUCGCACUGAAAGUUUUAGCGCAGUAUGAUACACAUUGUCUUUAUAGAAAUACAUAAUGUGUAUCCUUUAAGGUAUGUAUAUCACAAUUAUGGUUGAAAUUUCCCAUCACGGUAUGAAGGCGUGAAACUCUUACUUUCUUAUCACAAGUGUGACCUUGUUUCUUGCAAACUCUAACAGUGUUGUUGCACAGAGGUUAUGUAUUUUAAUUAAAGAUUGAUACAGUUGAAAAGUUGAUUAGUGGAAAGAUUCUUUGAAUAUAAGUGUUAUAUAUAUUUAAUUUGCUCUUUGAAUAUACAUUAGAAAAACACUGUACACUCCUUAUUAUACAAAAGAUGGUAGAUCUAUAUGUGGCCAAAAGUUUAUUAGAGUUUAAGUUUAACAUAAAGCUAUUGAGCAUCUCUAAAAUAAUUAUAUGGGCUAUUCAUCGCUGAAAUAUCAAACAAUUGUUUUUACUUUAUAACGAAAUAAAGUCUGAUAAAAAUGAGACAUUGUACGGUUGGCAAGGGAUAAAAGGUAUAUAUUUCCCUUGUUGUUUAGCAAUAGACAACUUUUGGGCUAUCAGGUACACGUGCAGUUGGUCGAAAAUGACGUCAUUAAAUGGAUUAUCAAUAAUGAUACAAUAAUUUAAGUUACGCGCGCUUUACGAGGUCGUUAAGAAGUGUUUGGAGAUAGCCGAAUAACAUACACAAGCUUACUGUCGCUGAGUGACUGCUUUUUAAUUUCUGACAUUUGCAGCCGAUACGAUAAAGUUUUCGAAAUAUCGGUCCCUGUCAGUCUUAAAAUUACGUCAUUUUUCAGGCCAGGAUCCCCAUGCCAUGAACAUCCUACCACUUUAGAUUUCAUACAGUUUGCCGGGUUGUAGUGAUGAAUAUAGCCAGUCUAUCCCUCUGAUCCGUAACAUUCCGUGUAAAGGAUGGUUGUAAAUUACCUAAAUACAUGUACACUGCUGUAGCGUACAAAUUAAACCAACUAGAGCUAUUCUCAAUCAAAUGUUGUUAUUAAAUGAUUAAGUAUAUAUCUUUUUCAAGAAUUUUACAAAAGCAGUUGAUUUUAGGUUUUUUAUUUGAUAAUAACAUUCUUACAUUCUUUAAACAUGUUUCAGCAAAAAAAAACCUUUUUAUUUACACUACAGUAAAUAAGUACUACUACUACUUUGAUUUUAAUGCCCCAGAAGGUGGCCAUAUUAAAAUCGAAAUGUCCGUCCGUCAGACCGACCCUUUGUAAAAUUCAUUCUGUCAACCAUGAAGGAAUUUUGAAAUAGUUUGGCAUAAAUAUUAACUUAAUGAGACGACGUUUCAUGUGAAACACUCGGACCCCUAUCUACAAGGUCAAGGUCACACUUAGAAGUUAAACAUAAAUAGGGUCUGUUUCGCGUCCGGAUCGUAACUUUGCCAUUCAUCAAGAGGUUUUAAAGGUACUAAGCAUAAAUAAUUAUCAAAAUGAGAACCCUAGCUCCUAGGUCAAGGUCUGACUUAGUGCUCAAAUGCCAUCCAUGGAGGGAUUUUGAAAUAUUUUGGCAUAAAUGGUAACCAUAAUCAGACAAUGCCUCACGCGCAAGACCCAUAUCCCUUACUCUAAGGUCAAGGUCAUAUUUAUAAGUCAUAUCUUAAUAGAUAACUCUGUUAUCGCUGAGGGGAUUUUGAAACAACUUGGCAUAAAUGUUUGCAAUAAGGAGACAAUGUGUUACGCGCAAGACCCAGACCCCUGGCUCCAAGAUUAAGUUUACACUUGGAAGUCAAGUGAAAGGUUAAAAGGUUCUGUUUCAUAUCCGGUUCGUAACUCUGUCAUUAAUCAAGAAAUUUCGAAAUUAAUUAGCAGAAAUAUUCCCCGAUAACGAGAAAACGUGUCAUGUAUAACAACCAGACAACUAGCUCCACGGUCGAUGUCAUAUUUAGAGGUUAACGGUUUACAUGGUGUGUUUCUUGUCCGUUCCAUAACUAUUCCAUCGAUGAAGACAUUUUAAAAUUACAUGGCAUAAACGUUCCCUAUAUUGAAAUGACGUGUCAGACGCAAGUCCAAGAUCUCUAGCUUCAAAGUCAAA